GAGCGCGAUCGGCGCGGGACACUCCGCGACCCGCGUAGACCCGUGACGUAAGCAAGAUGGCGGGCCAAAUUGGAGAAGCGCGCGGUCACCUAUCUGUCGUACCUGUUGUUUUGCUUUGUCUCGCAUAAGUUUUGCUUUGUCUCGUUUUCUUUAUCUGCUGUGAGCGAGUUCGCCAGGGAGACCUCCACGGGACACGAAAGGAACGGUUUCCCGGUGAUCUCACGUGGUUAGAGGAGGAAAGCGAGUCGUUUCUUCGCGUGCGAGAGAAAGCGCGGCUUUCCAGCGGAACGCGUGCAACUUAACCUCUGUUCCUGUGUGUCACGCUUUUCGCUUCAGUCUUGUUAUUAGUGAAUUGAGUCCGCGAGUUGACUCCCCUGUGUUCUUUUGCGAUUCGCCGAGCAUCCAGCCUUCAAGUUAUGGCAGCCCCUGAAACGAUACAGGUUAGCUCCUUGCCGUUGCCGCCGGUUCAAUACAUCAAUUUGUACACGGAUGACAAUGUGCGACGUGGACGAGCACCACGGCCGCCGCCGCCGAUUCACGACAGCUAUUCUAUGUUCGGCAAUGUAUUUAACGCCGAUGACACCAUCAUCAGGCCGCUCGAGGCCCAGGGCAUCAAGAGAUUGUACCCGCAGCACUUUGAUCGCCGGCGCGAGUUAAAGAAGCUCAAUCAUUCGCUGCUCGUCAACUUUCUGGAUCUGAUAGACUUGCUCGUUCGAUGCCCCGAUAGUCCGAGACGCGCGGAAAAGGUCGAGGAUUUGAGUCUGUUAUUCAUUCACAUUCAUCAUCUGCUAAAUGAAUUCCGACCACACCAAGCCAGAGAAACAUUGCGAGUUAUGAUGGAACUGCAGCGUAGGCAGCGUCAUGAAACAGCACAGCGUUUUCAGAAACAUCUUGAAAAAGUUCAAGAAAUAUUACAACAUGCCUUACAGAUGCUUCCAGAUACUUCGGAACUGGAUUCCAAACUCGCGAUAAAUACAGACGCUAUGGAGUCUGUAGAUAAUUUAGGCUUUGAACAGCAAAACCAGGAUCCCUGUAGUCCAAGCGAUCGUAUUAUGUGCAAAGUAAUAGAUGACAUGCUUUCUUCGAAUGGAUUAUUUUGAGAUAUUCUUUAUUUUUAAAUCUUAUUUAUUUAAUAAAAUGAUAUAAAAAAAUAAUACAUAAUCGA